AUGACUCACGGAUUGGCUACGAACCCUCCUGCGGCGACAACGCAAAUCGCGUUGAAUGCGGUGCUUGCAGAUGCCUCGAGCACCCAGGUUGCGACGUUUGGGAGCGGGUGCUUCUGGGGAACCGAACAUAUAUUCAUUAAACACUACAAAUCAAGAGGAAUAACUACUCAUGUUGGAUACACCGGAGGAAAUACAUCGGAUCACGCCUACAGCCUGGUUUGCACAGGACGUACGGGUCACGCAGAAGCUUGCAGGAUCGAGUUCGAUCCCAGCAAAGUGACGUAUGCUGAACUCGUCGAGUUCUUCUAUCGCACACAUGACCCUACAACGUUGAAUUCUCAAGGUGCGGAUCGGGGAACGCAGUACCGCUCUGCAAUUUUCUACAGUAGCCCUGAGCAGAAAGAGAUAGCGGAGAAUGUCACGUCGGAGGUUCAAGAGAAGUAUUUUACCCCGAAAGGAAAGAGCAUUGUUACUCAGAUCGUGGAGGCGGGCAAGUGGUGGGACGCGGAAGAUUACCAUCAGGAAUACCUGUUCAAGAACCCCGAUGGGUAUCAGUGCCCGACGCAUCGCCUUCAUUGGUGAGGGCAUAGAGAUGGUUAUGAUGCAACUCUUACGUCUGUGCGCCGCCGCUUUCAUACGCCAUAAGAAGGAUUGGAGAUUACGAAAGUCCCCAACCCCUCGGCGGCGAAGGUCUUCAUCUCCUUUCCAGCCCCUUUCUUGUUUCCGGGAAUACAGUGAAUUCCAGGCUAGCCCAAAGAAAAACUCCUCAGGAUCGACCCGAAUACUGGCAGAUUCAAACGCAAAUGAAGCCGUCAUUAAC